UGAAUAAAAAUAUUUUUAAAAUUAUAUAAAGUUGCUCCAUUAUUUAUAUUUUAGUAAAGAAAAGCACCAAAAACAAAAGACGUUAAGAACCACAGCACCACCCGGGCAGAGUUCCUAUCUAAGAAAACAUAGAAGAAAAAGAAAAGGCAAAAAAGAAUGAUAAAAGCGGGGAGUAGGAGGGUGGUGUUUGUAGUAGUUGUUGUUAUUGGUAUUGUUGUUGUUGUUGUUGACGGUGGGGGCUUCACCGUGGGGAAGGAACAGAGGGAAUUUGAUUACUUUAUAUUGGCUCUUCAAUGGCCUUCCACUUCAUGCACAAACGUAACCGUAUGUUGCACCACCAACGCUUGCUGCCGCCGAGCUGUCUCUCCCACUGAAUUCACAAUACAUGGGCUGUGGCCUAAGUACGAAGGAAAAGGAUGGCCUUCAUGUUGUACUAAUGAAACCUUCGAUGAAACUCAGAUUCGUUCCCUGUUUGAAGAUGUUGACAAGUAUUGGCCAACCUAUCGGUGUGGUCUUGUAAGCAGUUGUGAUAAUAGAAAAGGAUCAUUUUGGGCUCAUCAGUAUGAGAAGCAUGGAACCUGUGGAUCGCCUGUAAUCCUACAAGAAUAUGAUUACUUCUUGACAACUCUCACCCUUUUCUACAAGUAUAAUGUCACUGAAGCUUUAGAGAAUGCUGAAAUUGUAGCUUCCGAUACCAAAAAAUAUCCUAUUCAAGAUGUUCUUAACGCAGUUCACUCGGCUUUCAAAGUAAAUCCAAAGCUUGCAUGCGUUAAAAAGGGGAUUAUUAAAGAAAUUUAUCUAUGUUUUGAUAAACAGUUUAAGCUACGUGAUUGUGAUGCUACAAAAUCAUGUCCCAAAUCUGUUAAACUCCCAAAAUUUCAUAAGCCACAUGAGCCUGACGUGAUUAAGAGAGCAAUCCCAAUAGUGAUUGAUAUUGAAGAAAUUAUGUAGCUUCAUUUUGAGCCUUUGCAAAAGAUUAGAAAUAUAUCCUUGAAGAAACUAUGCAAAUUUUAAUUUUUUUUUUUAUUGUAAAUGUUUCACAAUUACCGCCACAAAAAAUUUAAACUUUCAUUUGGUUGAAUUGAAUU